AGAGAUCAAACAUCAUUACAAAUCAUCUCAAUGUUCUCUGUUUAUUCGCCAAAUAUUCUUCUGUUUGAGUGACGAACGGGUUUCUUCUCCAUCUUCAUACAAAAACAUUAAAAUGAUCAGAUUGAAGAGGGGUGCAUCAACCUAAAGUAGAAGAAGGAAGAAAAGAGGUAGUAGAGGGGGUGUGUGCAAGAGAUGAAGAGUACUCACCUGUUCGUAGUGAAGUGUUCGUCAUUCUUACACGAGCAAACCAACCGGCAAAGUCGUCUUCUUUUUUGGUCGGAGUCAAAACUAAUGUCAAAAAUGACCAACGUGAGCGGUACGCGGCUUAAAAUACUCGUGACUGGAGCCGAAGGAGUGGGAAAGUCAGAAAAUAUAUACAAACAGACAGUAGAUUUCGACAAUACUACAACGUAUGUUGAAAUACUAGAUGCAUCUCAAUGUGAGAGUCACUGUUGCUUACAAGACCACAUCGAUUGGGCGGAUGCGUUUGUGGUUGUUUACAGCGUAUGCGACAGAUCAUCCUUUGAAAAAGCACGCAAAGUCUUGGAGUCGGUGACACUAAGUAAAGGAGCCCUAAGGGCUCCUGCCAUCCUCCUGGGCAACAAGAGAGACCUUGAACGUGGCAGGCAAGUUGCAGUGGAUGAUGGACACGAAGCCUCUCUCCAAUACAGGUGCCAAUUCUAUGAGGUGUCGGCUGCAGAAAACUUCGUGGGCGUCAGCCUAGCUUUUCAGUCUUUGAUACGAGAGGCAACAGCAGCCCAGCAGUUAAGGACUUUGCCAGUAAGAAGGAAAACUGGACCAGCAUUGUCAAAAAUGAUUGGCAUGGUAUUUGGGAGAGGUGAGAAAAAAUCCUCAUCAUUUCGGAAAAAGAGACCAUCGCUGUCCAUUUGAUAAUGAAAAGAAAACAAUCAGUUGGAAAACUUACAUUCCUUCAUGUGAAAAUUGUUAACACCUUAUUAUGAAAGUGACUUUUUAAGGUGAUGAUGAUUAACAUAUUGUUCCUGUCAUUUAUUCUUUCAGCAGAAAAAAAGAGACUGCUCAUCAUUCAAUGAUUCGUCAGUGGUGAUAAUAAAAACUGUUGCAACUGAUAACUAGGCAUCACUUUUAAAAUGCAUAAUGUUAUUUUUAUAAAAAGCAUCGCUAUGUUGACUUUCAUUUGAAAUGUUUAAGGGAGCUACUUGUGAUUGAGUUAAAGACUUUUUUAUUCCAAAACAUAAAUAAAAUUGGUGAAAUAAA